CAGUCUGUGUACACAUGAUACUGUCCUAGUUACUUGAGCGAUGUCCCUUCUCACACUGUCGCACUCUCUCGACGAGUCCAGACACACUCAGCGAUCCUCUUCUUCAGCAGUCAGAACCUGUACUCGGCUUCAUCAUCUGAAGUAAAGGACUUCUCUUCUUCAACAACCUCCUCUGGUUGGACUUCAGUGUCUCUUGACUGGACUGAAUACCGUGGAGCUCCAGUUCCUGCCUGUUGCUUCUUCUGUCUCUCAACGCUACAGUGCUCGGCGGGAGGAAAGAGACUGCUGACCCGCCAUGUUUCUCGCACUAGUGGUGACGCCGGAGCUGAGGGAGUUCCUGGCCAGGGCGAGAGGAGGAGCAGUGCGCCUCAUCAAGGUGCGCAUCCAAGACGAGCAGCUGGUGCUCGGGGCCUUCAGAGAGCCGGAGAAGAACUGGGAACAGGAUUAUGAUCACUUCAUGCUUCCUCUCCUGGACGACCAGGAGCCCUGCUACAUCCUAUACCGCCUCGACUCCCAGAAUGCACAGGGCUACGAGUGGAUCUUCAUAUCGUGGUCUCCCGACCAGUCUCCGGUUAAACAAAAGAUGUUGUAUGCUGCCACCCGUGCCACACUGAAGAAAGAGUUUGGCGGUGGCCAUGUGAAGUAUGAGGUGUUUGGCACAGCUGAGGAGGACAUCUGUUUGCUGGGCUACCAGCGUCAUGUGUCAUCCUGCUCAGGUCCUGCCCCGCUGACGUUAGCCGAGCAGGAGCUCCAGAGGAUCAAAAUCACAGAGGGCCUGGUUAAACAGGUGAAGACAGAGAUCAGCGUGGAGAGCAAGCACCAGACGCUUCAGGGCCUCGCUUUCCCCCUGCAGGAGACAGCCAAAAGAGCCCUGCAGCAACUGUCCCAAAAACGCAUCAACUACAUACAACUGAGGUUGGAUGUAGUGAAGGAGAUCAUAGAGCUGGUCCACUCCAACCCGACAGAAACUCGUGAAUUGCCCCGCAGAGUUCCCAAAGACACUCCCAGAUACCACUUCUUCCUUUACAAACACUCCCACGAAGGAGACUACUUGGAAUCUGUCGUGUUCGUAUACUCCAUGCCAGGAUACAGCUGUAGCAUUAAGGAGCGGAUGUUGUAUUCCAGCUGCAAGAGUCGACUACUGGAGGACGUGGAGAAAGAUUACCACUUGGAAGUUGCUAAAAAGUUGGAGAUUGAAAAUGGAGAUGAACUGACGGAGGACUUUCUGUAUGACGAGGUCCAUCCCAAGCAGCACGCUCACAAACAGGCCUUCGCUAAGCCCCGCGGCCCAGCAGGGAAAAGGGGACACAAGCGCCUCAUUAAGGGGACAGGAGAGACCAGACAGGACAGCUAGAGGCGGACAUAUGUCUCUCAUAUAGUCCAGUCUGCCGUUCCAGCCCCCACACAUUUCCCCAGACCCACUAACACCUCGUCAGGCUCAGAGGAACGAGCAUAGUGAUGGAUUUCCUCGGCUGUUUAAACACUUGUGUAAUAUAACUAAUAUGUUUUUGAUGGAAAAUAUGCUGAUAAAUUAUCUGCCUCUCCAACAGACAAAUCAGGUCUUACAUGCAAAUAAAUAUAAGGACAUUUAUAUAUAACAUAUCUAAAAAACAUAACACAAAUCACUCAUGUUUAUUGAUAACUUCCUCCAUUAAAAAAAAAAAAAAAAAGAGUCAGGCUGAGAUCCUGACAGAUGGCCUUGUUAUUGUGAAGAUCAUCUGUUUUUUUUCCAUGCUUAUAAAAAUACAUCUGCAGUUUACAAUAUAAUAGACUUGUAAUGAAUUGUAAAUGUUUAGUCAGACGUUUCAGUCCUCAUGUCUGGCUUUCAAUAAAAGUUUUGUAUCAACACUGUUUGUAAAACACUAUGAAAGGAAGUUCCAAAUAAAUUUUGUUUAUACUGUGGUGUUAUAAAUAUUCAUGGUACAGAUUUGCGUAUUUUUAUUAAGCGUGCAUCGUUUCAUGCAUGUUAAUACUUCCUGUCACAUGUCUGUAAAUAUCCAACAUGGUUUGGAUUUGUUUGUGGCCUGUAAUGUUGAAAUAAACAAGGGAUAAUUA